CCCUCUGAUCUCCAAAUCCCUCGACACUCAUCAUAGCCACUCCGCCUUACCCAUUCUGCCUUCUCCUUCUUCUUCUUUAAAAACACAACCAUCUCAGAAGACAUCAAGAUGGCUCGCCAACGUCGUGGUGCCGCUCCCACUCCGGCCCGCCGUGCCCCAGCCAGACCUACUCCCGCUCCUGCCGCCCCAGCUCAGACUCAGCAUCGUGCCUCUUCAACGGCCGCCGCACCACCACCUGCAGCUCCAGCAGCCCAGCAGGCAGCUCCGCCUCAGGCUGUCCAGCAGAGCCAGGGACCUGGUCUAUUUGCUCAGAUGGCUUCCACUGCCGCUGGUGUCGCAGUAGGGUCCUCCAUCGGUCACGCCGUCGGCAGCUUCUUCACUGGUGGAUCGUCCAGCGCUCCGGCAGAGGCUGCUCAAGCUCCUCCCGCUUCGUCCGCACCUAUGGACAACAGUUUGUACCAGAGCAACUCCAGCAGCUGGGGCCAAUCUCAAGCGUGCGAAACCGAUGUCAAAGCGUUCCGUACCUGCAUGGAUGAGCACUCUGGAAAUAUGUCCAUUUGCGGAUGGUAUUUGGAUCAGUUGAAAGCUUGUCAAGAAGCUGCUAAGCAGUACUAAGCAUAUCGCAUUAUGGACAAGACCACCCGGGUCUUGAUGGCUGGGGGAGGAAAGGUCGACUUCUACACUACGUAGCGUUGAUUCAGAUACCUAUACACAUACAGCAAUCAUCGGCUGUGCUUUUUAAACUACCCCAUUUUGUACAAUAAGCAAAUCACAUACAGAUAUCCGCGAGUCGGGUUUCUCCCGGCUGUGAGUUGGACUUGAGUAUUUAAUGUAGCUCGUUCCACUCAAUCAAUCUCUUACCUUUCCUAUCAUAGAA